CUGUUGAACAUCAUCCUGACUCUCGUGGCGGCCGCCGUGUCCUCCGCGCGCCAUGGCAAGCAAACGAUGUCCGCGGCCACCAUCUACGAAGGCAGUUGCAGCCGAGCAAAGGCGUGGACGACGGGACUGCACUUGCUGAUCAAUGUCCUCGGCACCAUCAUCCUCGGGGCCAGUAGCUACUGUAUGCAGUGCCUGACUGCGCCCUCCCGCACCGAGGUCGACCGCGCCCACGAGGAACGCGUGUGGCUUCAUAUCGGAGUCGCGAGCCCGCGGAAUCUUGCCUGGGCCGGACGAUUCCGUGUUACCUUGUGGUUGCUGCUCGCGGCAAGCUCCCUGCCAAUCCAUCUGAUAUACAACUCCGCCGUCUUUUUUGCCCUAGGCACCAAGGAAUACAAUGUCGUGCUGGCGUCGGCCAAUUUCGAUUUUGAUCGUCCACCGGCCGAAUAUAAUGUGUCGUACGGGGAGUGCUUCGAGCCGAACACGGCGAUGAACAUGUCCACCUUCUAUGCCGACCUCCCCAACUUCAAGAACCUGACCCGCCAGGAAUGCCUCGAGAAGCAUUUGACGGAUUUCCCCGCGGAUCUGGGCACCCUGAUCCUGGUGACGAGCAAUCUUACCGUCGCCAACGAAUCCCUGCAGUGGGUAGAUGUGGGGAACCCUCCCGCGAACUAUGAAGGCACCGUCGCGUAUAGCUUUGAAUGGCUCUGUGAUCAGUUAGAUGUUGACGGCUAUUGCACUCGAUCGAGGCUGCUAAGAGCCGUCGACAGUUGGGCAGUCCCGUGGCUGAUGCCUUGGUCGGGCCCGGUGAUCAAUGCCACUGUUGAUCUUCCCCGGGGCUCGGCGACCAUCAGUGGGAAGAUGAUUGAGCUCUAUGACCUGAAAACCGAUGAGUGGCCCGCGGCAUUGAUUUCCGACUAUGAUUCGCUUGCGAUGAAACUCCAGGGAUUUCCAUCGGAGUAUUACCUGCAACAAUUUUUGGACAACGCGACGUAUUGGCAAAACAGCACCUGGGCUCAAGACGUUCGUCUCCGGGCCACCGACGAGGAGGCAUGUUCCGCCGACAUCAACUUCUUCAGCGUCAGCACUUCCAGUACAAGCCAGACCGCAUACCCCGUGGAAUAUUGUUUAAGUCUGAAGACCGCGGAACACUGCGAGUUGCAAUUCAGUCCGGCGAUCUGUCUGGUGGUGAUCGCCUGCAACGUGGUCAAGUUCCUUUGUAUGCUGUUGACGGCCCGGUGCGAUCGGAAGGAUAUCUUCCUGACCGUCGGGGAUGCCAUGGCCUCGUUUUUGAGCCGACCUGAUCCCACCACCGAACGGAUGGGCUUGCUCUCGCGGUCGAAUCUGACCACUGGGCCGCAGCCGUGGCAGUCCCGUCGGAAGAGGUAUUGGCGUGUGGCGGCCAAGGAUGCAUCGCAACCCCAGGCGUGGGCCCGGCUCCCGCCUCGCCAUCGAUGGAUGCGGGCGGUUCGACUCGAGCAGUGGAUCUUGACCAUCAGCGUUUGCCUAAUGCUCCUCGGCGUGGGGGGCUAUAUGCUAUCGCUCGCGAUUGGGGGUCUGCAGAACGAAGGCCAGGACUGGAGCCUCCCGGCGCUGUGGAACCUGGGGUUUGGCUCGGCCACGCCUCACACGAUCAUCAUGCUGCCCCAUGCGUCGGUCAUCUCCAUGGCCCUUCUGGCCAACUGUCCCCAGAUUGUGAUCUCGGUGGGCUAUUUCCUGUACAACAAUCUGCUGACCCACAUGCUGUUGGCCACCGAAUACGACGACUACGCGACCCAGCGGAAGUCCCUUCGGGUUUCCUGGCCGGAGGGGAAUCAACGCGCGACCUACUACCUGAGCCUGCCGUAUCGCUACAGCGUUCCGCUCAUGCUGGCGUUGAUGCUCUUGCAUUGGCUGGUCUCUGCCAGCUUGUUCUACGUCGAGAUUAUUCCGUUUGACACGCAGGGAAAUCCAUCGUAUGCAUACCAAGUCAUUGCCUGUGGGUACGCGCCCAUCGCUAUUAUAUUUGCUCUCGUCCUGGGGGUGGUGAUGACGAGCACGAUCGUGGGUAUGAGCAUGAAGCGGUUCGACUCGCGCAUGCCCAUCGCGAGCAGUUGCAGUGCGGCCAUCAGCGCCGCCUGUCAUCCGCAGGGGGGUGACGAGCAUGCCCUGAAGCCGGUCAUGUGGGGGGAGAUUCCGAUGUCAUCGACGAAAGCCGGAGUUAGCGUCGACAUUGAAAGCCUGAGUGAUACUGAGUCGGACGAUGGGGACCUUGGUCGGGGUACUCGUGUCCGGGGCGAGCGAUGGCGAGAGCGAUAUUACCCACCGCUGGACCGCGAAUCGGCUGGCCAGGAUGGUACCUAUGGUCAUUGCAGUUUCACCUCGGAGGAAGUGACUACUCCCGAUCCAUCCCGACUGUAUAUAUAGGCUCGAUUCAGCCAGU